AGCAUCACCAAGGCGGUCCCAAACGCUGUAGCCAAGAUGGGCAGGAUCAUCUUUUACGAGGACAAGAACUUUCAGGGUCGUCGUUAUGAGUGUGACAGUGACUGCACUGAUUUCCACUCCUAUCUGAGCCGCUGCAACUCCAUCCGAGUGGAGAGCGGGGCGUGGGUGGUGUACGAGAGGCCCAACUUCAUGGGCUACCAGUACGUCCUGACCAGAGGGGAGUACCCAGAGUACCAGCGCUGGAUGGGACUCAACGACCGCCUCUGCUCCUGCAAGAUAAUCCACUUUACCAGCGGGACCCCAUACAAGAUGCAGCUCUAUGAGAAGUCCGACUUUGGCGGCCAGACCGUGGAAGCCACAGACGACUGUCCCUCACUCCUGGAGAAGUUUCGCCUGAGAGAGGUGAACUCCUGCAAGGUCUAUGACGGCUGGUGGGUUUUCUACGAGCGUCCCAACUACACCGGGCGCCAAUACCUCUUGGAGAAGGGCGAGUAUCGCAAGCCUGGUGACUGGGGCGCCGUCAGUCCUACAGUGCAAUCCUUCAGGCGCUUCAAGGAAUGA